UUCAUUUAACAGGCCUAGUUGUCAUGGAUGCGGAAGAUCGCCGGAAGAUCCGUUUAAUUGCGCUGUUGACAAACAUUUUUUUUUAAAUUGACGUACCACCGAGCAACUUCUUUAGAAAUGAGUGAGGAAGAGACAAGAAUCGAAACCUAAGCCGCGCCUUGGCUUUGCACUUUGUAACCCUUCCUACCGACAACCGUGUUUACUGAAAGAUGGCGGCACAGACAGACCGCGGUGUCCCGUUGAGUACGCUUUCUCCCAAGUUUCUUCAUUCAAACUCCACCAGCCACACCUGGCCCUUCAGCGCCAUCGCUGAGCUCAUAGACAAUGCCUAUGAUCCAGAUGUCGGUGCCAAACAGUUCUGGAUUGAUAAGAUUGUGGUUCAAGAACAAGAAUGCCUCAGCUUUAUGGAUAAUGGAAACGGUCUGGAUCACGAAACACUGCAUAAGAUGCUCAGCUUUGGGUACAGUGACAAGCCUACUAUAAAGGGUGUGAAGCCGAUUGGUAUGUAUGGCAACGGUUUCAAGUCUGGAUCCAUGCGUCUUGGCAAGGACACCAUCGUGUUUUCGAAGUCGGAGAGGGCUUCGUGCGUUGGGAUGCUCUCUCAAACCUACCUGACAGAGACUGGUGCUGACCAAAUAAGUGUACCUAUUGUGUGCUUUGAACAGAGAGAGAGAAACAAGCUCAGUGUAAGAGAGGAGUACAAAGCCAGCCUGCAGGAUAUCCUGCGCUAUUCCCCUUUCAAGACACAGGAAGACUUGCUUCUUGAGAUCAAUGCCAUCAGUUCCAACUGGUCCACAAAGAAAACCGGCACACGGAUCAUCAUCUGGAAUCUCCGCAGGACACCUACUAGAAUGACGGAGUUUGAUUAUGAGAAGGAUCGUUACGAUAUCCGAAUUCCAUCCGACGUCUACAAGGAAAUGAAGGAAAUGAAUGACUCUCAACAUCCAGACAGGGUCACGUCACACAUCCCUGAGAGUUUUUACUCACUGCGGGCCUAUUGCAGUAUUCUGUACCUGAAGCCAAGGAUGCAAAUCAUCAUUCGUGGUCAAAAGGUGAAAUCUCAGCUCAUUGCUAAGAGUCUUGCCUUCGUCGAAAAGGACCACUACAAGCCCACUUUCCUGAACAAACGUAUUCCUAUUACUUUUGGCUAUAACACCAAAAGUAAAGACCAGUAUGGCAUUAUGAUGUAUCACAAGAACCGGCUCAUCAAAGCCUACGAACGUGUGGGCUGCCAGCUCAAGGCCAACAACAAAGGUGUUGGGGUCAUUGGGGUCAUAGAGUGUUACUUUCUGGAACCUACCCACAACAAACAGAGCUUUGAUGAAACGGAAAAGUACAGGAAAACUAUGACCAAUUUAGGGACCAAACUGGAGGAGUACUGGAAUGAAAUGCGCCACAAGAGAAAAAGAGAGGAUCCAAACGCCACCACACUGAUGGAAGAUACCAUGAAGCGCCCGGAUCAGAACUGGGUGCAGUGUGAUGAGUGUUUGCGCUGGCGCAAACUCCCGGAUGGGAUCGACCGCAACAAGCUGCCAGAGCAAUGGUACUGCCGUAUGAACCCUGACCCUCAGUUCAGGAGCUGCCAGGUGGAGGAGGAGCCUGAGGACUCUGAUGAUGAGCAGCCUUCAUACCGCAAGACCUAUAAACAACAAGAGAAGGAAGACCGGAGGAUUGAAGAGCAGAAAAUGCAAAAGUUGGAGGAGACUAGAAAGCGCCAGGAAGAACAACGUCUGGCUAAUUUCGUCAAGCAAAAACAGGUCCGUGGACGUCUGCAGGCUGCCCAUUCCCCCUCCACCCCCAUUACCCCAAGGAAUAGGUUUAACACUGUAACACCACAAGGGGGUGCUGCGAGGGCUGAAUCCUCUCCAUUUAGGUCCCCUUCCCUGUUACAAGCUGCUUGCAGCCCCUCCAGUAGCAGUGGUCUUCCAGUUAUUUCUAGUGUACGCUCACUGUCAACAGCCCUCAGGGGGAAAAGAACACAGCCUGCUAGUCCACAAACAACGCCCAAAAGACCUAAAAUCAAUGGCAACGUGGAUACAUCCACAUUAGUGGAAGUGAGCCCACAAAGCUCCCCAUCACUGCUCAUUGAUAAUAAUGAUGAUGAUGACGAUGAUGAUGAUGAUGAUGAUGAUGAUACUGAUGAUGACAUUUUCAUCGUGGAAAUCACCAGUACCCCCAAGCCAAAAAAUCCAGGCUUUGAUUUGACUCGAGUGAAGAUGGAGCAAGAGCAAAGUGAUGCUGAUGUCAGCAUGCUUUUGGAGGGCAGCGAUGAUGCGGCUGUGGGUGACGCCCCGGAGACGAAUGUUGCAGGAACAGGCCCUUCAGGGUCCGCAGCUGUGGGAACCAGUCCCUUCCCGGCACCCCCUGCAGAGGUGGCCAGCAGCACCACCCAGACAGAAGGACCCAAAGUGAAGAGGGAAGAGCAGGACCAAAUUCAAACUGAAGGGGAGGAGAGAGCCGGGCAGAGUACAUCCACUAAGAGUGGUAGAGAACAGAGUUCACAUGUGGACAUCGGUGUCUGCACUGUUGAGCAAAGCUUAAUGAAGCAUGAGAACAGUGGAGACACUCGCAGUGCCGAGCAAGGAAACCAGACCUUGCAGAACGGAGAGACACAUCACCUGGAUAGCGACAACGUUGCGGGACCUCGCUGUGCGAAUGCCUGUGGUGAGAAAGACUCUCCACUUCUGUACCCCAGUGUCACUGAGGUACAGGACCAGCAGGACCAGCUCCUAGAGCUGAUGCAGGCUACAGCUGUGGAGAGAGACUCUUUUCAAGAGCAGGUCCAUAAACUUACCUGCCAACUGCAAGACAUGCAGGGCCGACUGCAGGAGCUGUCUCAGAUCAAUGUGAAGAAGGAGUGUUCUCACCAGGCCAUCCAGACGGAGGAAACUGAAGGGGGUAAGGACUACAAAGCUCUGUUUGAGAGGGCCAAACAGAAAGUCGAUGAACUGAUUCGGGACAAAGAGCUUUCACUGACCAAGCCUAGUGCUGCCCAAUGUGAAGAAAGGGACAUUGAUGAAAUUGCACUGCAAGUUGACAGUCUGAUGCGAGACCUGGAUGAAAGAAAAAAGGAGAGGGAUGAACUGCGCACACAGUUGGACCGUCUGGAGGACGAAAGGGCAAACCUGGUGUCCGAGUAUGAAGAGUUCAGGUUGGGCCAGCAGCAGGAGAGGGAAAAUGCUCAAGGGGGAAUUAAAGCUCCACACAGAACCACUGAUUCUCUGGUACAAACGGAACCAGAGGAAGCAGGAGCAACAGCGAAGUCCGGCACGAAUUCAAGCUCAGAUACAUCAAGAAGUUUGAUCGAGCUGAGGCACAACAUCGGGCGUCUUCUCGUCUCGGCCUUCGUGCCGGCUCUGGACUUGGGACAAGUGAAUUAUGAGUGCAAUGUAAUUGAUGAGAUCCUCGAACAGGUUCUUUCUGAUGAGGAGGCCGUUGCACGGGUGGGGCAGAGCUACAGCGCAAUAAAUGAUUCAGCAACUCCUCGGAUCCUGGAAUGAAGGACCAUAUUCUACCUGUAAAUAUGAACUACAGAAUUUUAUAAUCGUGGGCGAUGAACUUGGAUUUAGUUGAAGGUGUUUUCUUAUGAAUAUAUAGUAAAUUCAACAUUAUGAGCCGCUUUGCAUUCUUUCUUUGUCUCAACAGAUGAAAACUGCUAUAAAAUAAUCAUAAUAAUAAUUGUCAAUACAACCACAGUGUACAUUCAUAAAUGUUAUAUAUUCACUUUGCUGAUCAGAUUUUGUUUCACAAUGAAAGCUAACUGUUUUCUCUUUGAUUUGAAUUGGAGCAGAUUUAAUAUGUUUUCUGUACAAUAUAUUUUUGUAUUUCCUGUCUUUGCUCUGUGAUGAAAUGCUCAAUGGCACAUUAUCCUUAGUAUCCUGGUGAACCCUUCUGGUAGGACAAACAUAGAAGAGGCUGUCUUCCAGACUUCCAGUACAUUUCUUAAUGAGAUAAACUGAAAGAGUUAUCAGGAACCUCCCUCCAAGUCUUUCAACAGGCUUGUUUGAGCGAUGUGUAAUAGGCAACCAGAUCAUAGGUGGAAGAAGGAAUCGGGUCUUUUACUUAAGUAUAAUAUUAACACUACAGUGUAAAAAUACUCUCACAAGUAAAAGUCCAACAUCCAAAAUAUUACUUAAGUAAAACUACAAAAGUUUUAGCAUGAAACAAUAUUUAAAUCCCAGAACGGAAAUGUUCAAUUGAUGUAUCACUAAGGAGCUCAUCUCAACUACUUGAUCUACUUCUGGGUGUCUUAAUCUAGAAUAAUACAUCAUAAUGUAUCAGUUGAUUGAUAAUUAAUAAUAAUAACUGGAAAGUAAAUAGCAACAAAUGUGAAAUAAAUCUAGUGGAGUAAAAAGAACAAUACUACCUUCCAAGAUGUAGUCUAGUGGAGUCGAAGUAAAGUAGCAUAAAAUGGAAAUACUCGACUGCUAAAGUUUCAAGUACAGUACUUGAGUAAAUGUACUUAGUUUCCUUACAUCACUGACCGUGAUAGAGGACUCAAUCAGCAUUUUGUACUUGCAGGCUAGUGCUCCUUCCCCUGAGAGGGGAUUCCUCUUCAUACAGCAACUAUAGGUGUCAGGUUUCGACAGGUUUGUAAAUCACAAUGUGUGACGAGAUUUUUGGAGCUUUAUUUAUUCAGGAAGGCUCAUCUCUUUAUUUUGCGAGUGAGAGCAAAUUAAAUGUAUUCAAGAUUACAAGUUGAAAAGACACACAAAGCAACCAUCAAACACAGACGCACUAAAACAUUUAUGCUGAUUUUAGAUGUCAUUAAGGUUCAUUGUACGUUUUCAUGUAACUCACUGGUGAGUGUGACCUUUGUCUUGGGUAAUAAAUCACAUGACACUCAUA